AUGAGUGCAGAGAUGGAGCACAAGAAAACUUUGGAGGAGGACGACGAAUUUGAGGACUUUCCCAUGGACACUUGGCCCGAUUCAGAGACCAUUAAGGAAGCAUCAGACAUUCAAGCAAAUCUAUGGAAGGAGGAUUGGGAUGACGUGGAGGUAGAGGACGACUUCACGAACGAAUUGAAAAAAGAGUUGGAAAAGCACAGAAAAUGA